UUGGUGGAAUAUCUUGUUGGUGAUGGACCAAACAACAGAUAUGCUCUGAUAUGCAGUCAAUGCUGCUCUCACAAUGGAAUGGCCCUGAAAGAAGAGUUUGAAUAUACAGCCUUCAGAUGCUGCUACUGUUACCACCUCAACCCAGCAAAGAAACAUCGUCCCACUGCUCCAAAACUGGACUAUGAUACAUGGACAUCUCCAAGACAAACCUCUGGGCAGGGCACAGGGAUGCGCCACAGGAAACCCACAAAUUCAGUGCAGGCCAUGUUAGAGAAAACGAAUGUUACACAAAAGGGAGAUGAGCCCAGUUCUGUGAAGGAGGAAGAUGUAUUGAAUGGUGAUGAUGCUGCAGUGGAGAACAUCGAAGGCAAAAUGCAGAGUGAACAGAAAAUUGAUGAGAGAGAUGCCGAGACCACAAACAGCUCAGAAAACAACUUGCAAGAAAAGGACUGUGACCAGGAAAAUUAAGAUGUUGUAUGCAGUUGUUGCCAUGGAUGGUUACAGUUUUGUUUUGUUUGGUACAAAGUUAUUUUAAAUUAUUGUGUAAAAUGAGCAGUAACAAGGUUGUUAUGGAGCCUGGAAUAGGGAUGGCAGUUUACUGUGAAAUGCAUUGAAGUCAUUUACAAUUUAAUUCCAAAGGCCCCCACUGUAAGUUAGUCUAGACCAUGAGAAGCUGAAGAAUGUGUAGUCUCAGAUUUUUUGUGGAUGGCAUAUUUAUUAUGACGAUUGAUGAGGAAUUCUCUCUUUUCUCUUAUGAUGGUGGUGUUAGAUAUCCCGUGAGAUUAAUUUAUUGAGAGAAGAAAUGACACUUAUAACGGUAAAAGUAAAGGGACCAUAGGAUACUUGGUAGUUUUGAGUAGAAGUGUUGAAGUGUACUGUUCUAAAUCCCUUCUUUCAAUGUCAGUACCUAACUGUCAACUGUUUUAGAUUUAACACCAAAUUCUUAGAGCUAGAAUUAUAAGGAAUGUAUGGCAGACAGUGCAGAGAAUUGAUAUUCUAAUCUUUGGAGUGGAAGAGUUAACACAGCUUCAAAUGCACACCUGGUCACAUUGUGUUCCCUUAAUUUAUGAACCCAAGAAUAAUGUUGACAGAUGGAUCAAAUUGAGAGUUACCGAGAAGUAGAAAUUUUUUGUUAUGCAUAAUACUAUAUUUAUAAUUUAUUUUCAGCAAACAGUGCUGCAUAACAAAUUUUAACUCAGCGAUAAGUUGACAUUACAGUUGCAUGAGACAAGUGGAAAUAAAGCUUAAAUUUUGAAAGAUUAA